AUGAAGCUACAAAUUCUUUCAUGGAAUGUCCGGGGUCUUAAUGACUCGGUCAGAAUAAAAGUGGUGAAGUCGGUCAUUCGUAAAAGGGGAGGUUAUGUGGUGUGUUUGCAAGAAACCAAACUCGCUUCGACAUCGGAUAGGUUGGUGCGUAGUCUUUGGGGUGGAAGAUUUGUGGAGUGGGUUGUUUUGGAUGCUGUUGGCUCUUCUGGUGGCAUUUUGAUCAUGUGGGAUAACAGAUGGGUGUCUAAGGUGGAUUCUCAUGUUGAGAGAUUCUCUGUCUCCUGCGUGUUUUCUUUGGUGGAGGAUGGGGGGCCUUUUACCUGGUCUAGUGGACGCUCUCCCCCUACUCUCUCUCGGCUUGACAGGUUCCUUGUGUUCGGGGAGUGGGAGGAGAAGUUUUCUGAUGCUGUGCAAGCUACUUUUGCCCGUCCUAUCUCUGACCAUGUCCCGUUGAUGCUGGAUUGUGGCGGGUUGCGGAGUAGACGCUCUUCAUUUCGUUUUGAGAAUAUGUGGCUUCGGGAUGAGGGUUUUCUGGAAAGGGUCCGAUCUUGGUGGGCGGGGUUUGGGGGGAUUGGCACCCCAAGUCAUUUGCUGGCAGGUCAUUUGCGUCGUUUGAAGGGAAGUAUUAAGAUUUGGAACAAAGAAGUCUUUGGGAAUCUUGUGUGGAGGAAAAAUCAGGUUCUGGCUGAGAUCGCUGAUAUUGAUAGGAUGGAGGGUCAAGGGGAUUUGGCUGAUGCUUUGAAAGUUAGGAGGGCGGAGUGUAAGGCGGAGUUUGCUGAGAUUGCGAUCAUGGAGGAGAUCUCAUGGAGACAAAAGUCUAAAGCUUUGUGGCUCAAGGAGGGGGAUAGUAACACGAAUUUUUUUCAUAGAUUGGCUAAUGCUCAUAAAAGGGGCAACCAUAUUGGGAGGAUUCAGGUGGAAGGGGAGCUUCUAUGCAAGGAGGAGGAUAUUUGCAAAGGCAUCUCAGAGUUCUACGAGAAGUUGUUCACUGAGAUUGUUGAGUGGAGACCCUUGCUUGAAGGGCUUCAGUUUGCCUCUAUUUCUAGUGAGGAGUGCUUGGGUCUUGAGGAGCCUUUCUCUGAAGAGGAAGUUCUUUCUGCUUUGAAGAGUUGUAAUAGGGAUAAAGCCCCAAGUCCCGACGGUUUUACCAUGAGAUUUCUUUUGGAGUGCUGGGAGGUGGUUAGAGGGGAGGUGAUGGAUUCAUUUCAUGCUUUCCAUGCUCAGGGUUCGUUUGAGAAGAGUUUGAAUGCCAUUUUCAUUUCUCUCAUUCCGAAGAAAGGAGGGGCGAUGGAUAUUAGGGAUUUUCGCCCUAUUAGCCUGAUUUUGGACUCAGUUCUUAUUGCUAGUGAAUAUGUGGACUCCCGAUUACGUAGUGGGGUCCCGGGAGUUUUGUGUAAGCUUGACCUGGAGAAGGCCUACGACCAUGUGAAUUGGAACUUCCUUCUUUACCUGAUGGAGAGGAUGGGCUCGAAGGGUUUAAGACAAGGGGAUCCGCUUUCCCCUUUCUUGUUCCUGUUUGUGAUGGAGGCCCUCAGUAGAUUGAUGAGUAAGGUUAUUGAGUUAGGGUUUCUGAGAGGCUUUCAAGUAGGCAGGGAUGCUGCUCCCCAGUUGGAGGUCUCUCAUUUAAUGUUUGCCGAUGACACUUUAGUUCUUUAUGAUGCGAAUGUAUCCCAACUUAGAUAUUUGAGGUGUGUCCUGAUUUGGUUCCAAGUUGUUUUUGGCCUUAAGGUGAAUGUGGGCAAAAGCGUUUUGGUGCCAGCGGGAGAGGUCCCUGAGAUUGGGUUUUUGGCUGAUAUUCUUGGCUGUCGUACUGGUCCCUUUCCCAUCUUUUACUUAAGGUUGCCUUUGGGGGCCUCGUCUAGAUGUGUUGGGGUUUGGGACCCUGUGGUGGAUAGGUUUGAGAAGAAGUUGGCGGGUUGGAAGAAGCAGUAUCUCUCCAAGGGAGAUUCCUCUUCAGUUGCGGAGAGGAUUGAGAGAUUGCAGCGCCAAUUCGUUACGGAGGUUUGGGUCUUAGAAGACUGGUGCCUUAUAAUAAGGCUCUCCUUGGGAAAUGGUUGUGGAGAUUUGGUGUGGAGAGGCAUUGGCUUUGGAGGAGGGUCGUUGCUUGUCGUUUUGGGGAGUCUGGAGGAGGGUGGUGUUCUUUGGAGGUGCGUGGCCCUCGAGGUGUGGGGGUUUGGAAAGUUAUUCGGAAGGGUUGGGAUGAGUUUUCCAAACACGUUCGUUUUCGAAUCAGGGAUGGCACGAGGAUCAGCUUUUGGGAGGAUGUUUGUGGGUCACAGGUUUGGGAUGUUCGAUUCAGGCGGUUGUUUUAAGGAUUGGGAGAUUGAGGAGGCCAUUUGUUUUCUGGAGUUGUUGUAUCGCCAGAGGAUUGUGGAUGGGAUUUCUGAUUGUUGGUCCUGGGCUGCCACCUCUCAUGGGUGCUUUGAGAUUAGAUCCUUUUUCAGAUGCCUCACGGAUGAUCAUAGAGCUCACUUUCCUUGGAAGGCUGUUUGGCACUCUAAGGCUCCUCUCAAGGUGGGUUUUUUUGCUUGGACCUCUGUUCUGGGACAGAUUUUUACCCGGGAUAAUUUGAGAAGGAGAAAUCAGGUGGUGAUCAAUCGCUGCUAUAUGUGUCUUCGGGAUGAGGAAUCUAUGGAUCACCUUCUCCUCCAUUGCAACAUGGUUAGAGACUGCUGGAAUUUGAUGUUUGGCUUGUUUUGGGAUUCUUUGGUUUAUGCCUGGAUCCGUUAG